ACCCCCUACGAGAACAUGCCUCUCGCAAAAGAUCUCCUUCAUCCCUCUCCGGAGGAGGAGAAGAGGAAGCACAAGAAGAAGCGCCUGGUGCAGAGCCCCAAUUCCUACUUCAUGGACGUGAAGUGCCCAGGAUGCUAUAAAAUCACCACGGUCUUUAGCCAUGCACAGACGGUAGUUCUGUGUGUUGGCUGCUCCACUGUCCUGUGCCAGCCUACAGGAGGGAAAGCAAGGCUCACAGAAGGAUGUUCCUUCAGGAGGAAGCAGCACUAACAGUACCCUCAAUCAAGAUGAGUGGGAAGCCAUCCCAAUAAACACAUUUUGGAUAUAUCCUG